GUCGCCCCGCAAUCUGGAAGAAAGAUAAGAGAGCGAGAGAGGGAGUUGGCGGAAUGGAUCGGCAUUAGGGAGAAUGAAGUUGAAUCGAGAUGGAAGAGAAGGACAAACGGAGAGGCAAAUAGAGAAGUUUCAGAGAAGAUGAGAUCGACGAGAUAGGGUAAGAGGGUUUGUUCAUAUUAUUUUCUUGGGAGGAAGAACUGAAGAGAGACGAGGAAGAAGGGUGAGCGGCCGGCUGCGGCGCUUAGAGUUUGAUGUGGGUAUUAUUAAGAGAGACUAUAUACCCCAUUACCACUAGCCCAAAAAAUAACUAAAUUGCCCCUUGCUUUUUGUUAAAAUUACCCGCUAGCCGCUACCACCUUCGUCUCUUCCCCUAAACAUGCCAGGUUUUCCCCAAAACGACCAACCCGCCGCUUCCCUCCUGAGUUCCGAACCCUUACCUUCCCCGGCGUCCCCGCCGCCAGUUGUCAUCAUCACCCUGCCUGGCGUCCCCACUGCUGCCUUCGUCCUCCUGCUCCCAGUCCCAGUAAUCAUCGACCGUCGCGCCUUCGUCAGUCGUCGCCAUCGUUGCACCACCUGCCUUCAUCCUCCCUCGCCCCCGCGAUCCCGUUUGUUUCAGCUAACUGCAACACGACCUGAAACCGUCGAUGGCGGUUUUCGGCUAACCGUCAAGGCAAUCGGUGUCGGUGGCGGUUGAGGCUAACCGUCAAGACUAACAACCCUAUUUAAAAAGAUCAAAAUCAUGAACUAACCAUGCUGAAAAUUGAAGUAGAGCUGCAAGUCCUUGUAGAUCUGGCAGGACGACUCACGCACUGUAUAAGGAGGUUCACUUGCAAAAUGAAUAAACACAUAAGCUAGAAAAGUAAACAACAACAUUACAGGCGACAACAACGAUGGGCUAGUGCCUUUGAACAAUUUUCCACCAAGUAACUAUAAACAAAGCAAAUGAGUGAGAUCCCUCUCCUUAUCCUACCUCCUUCUUCCCUUAUCCGUAUCCUCCACUAUAUAAUAAAUCUCAUUUCUCGACGACACAUUGUUGUACUAAUUGCAACUUUAGCCGAAAAGCAGUAGGAGUUUCACCUGCAAAUCCAAAACACACACAGCCACCACUGUGUGGCUAAACCUCUAUCCUUUGCGGAGAUAAAAUCCUGGACCAAACUCCUGAAACACAGAGCAAAGAAUUCUCAUAACAACAUGACGAAAAGAAACAGACUUCUGCUUCGGAAGAUGAACUACAUGUAACAAAUAAUCCCAUGUGGGAAAGAGAAUCAAUAAAAUGAUAACCUAUAAUGCUAAAUAAUAAAAAAUAAGACCUAAUGGCCAAAGACGGACUACAAGGCAACCUUUUAGGGGAAGACCAAAAAGACUAAUAUAUAUGGAAUUUUUCAGGUAAUCACACAAGAGAAAUAAGGAGAGGGAGAUGAUCAAGAAGAAUCUGAACCCUUGAUAAGAGGGCUUGUUUUGCCAUAGAAUGGGCAUCCCUGUUAUACCUCCAACAACACCGCCUGUUGAAGGCUUAAUUGCCCCCAUCAAAAUAAACUAAUAUAUGAUGAGCGGGAGUAAUAGGAGGGACGAAAAUGGUUGGACUAGCUCGAGUCGCCCCACUAUUGGAGUCUCAACGUCUCGUCAAUGGAGUAGCUUGGGCAAGAUCCCACUCAGCCACAUGCACAUCAUAUUGCCUCAACAAAGCAUAAGAAAGGAAUUGAACACCAUCAUAUGUAGCCGAGCACCUCUUAUUCCCAUCAUAGUAAAAAGGUAAUGUAUAUUUAUUGUCCAAACCUUUUCAAAAAAAAAAUUACUUUAUUCAAAUCUAUAGAAAUUUUAUUUAUUAUCCAAACGUAUUGUAACUAAUCAAAGUCUGGGCAUUCAUUCUGUUACUGUUACUUAAUUUCGUAACGAAGCUCCACGUCAGCGUACAUGUCAGAAAUUAAUAUUUAAAUGUAUUUUAUUAUUAUAAAUGUAAGAGUAAUAU